UUCACACUGCGGGUCACAAUGGUGUCGAAACGGAGCUCAACCGAAACGAAACGGCCGGGCAACCACCCGCCUCAGUGAUCGCGGCCUGGCCUCGUUAACUCAGGCCCUGCUCGGCCGCCGUCGACAUCCAGCUCAGCCACCAACGCCGUCAGGCCUUUGCCCCUCCCCCACCAGCUACACACGGCACACCAAGCAGACCCUGCCACUGUGCGGCGGCGACCCUAGCCUCACAUAAAGCAAGGCGAGAGCGGGUGCUGAUGGUCCUUGCUCUCCUUUGGGCACGGAACGGGGCUGUGGGAGUGAUUGACUGACUGACUGACAAUCAGGAAAGGGAGGGAGUCACGCUGGCCGCCGCGAACGCUGUUUGGGUGGCGGGGCCGGCGCCGCUGCGUUGAGUCGGAGUCUGCGCUGCAUAUGCUGAGAGCCGAGCCCUCCUAGAGCCGCCAUAUUGCCCGGGACUCAGACGUUCAGGCUUUGCCGUCGCGACUUUGCUCCUAGACGCAGUACGGAUUUCUUUUUUCUCUUCUAAAGGCAGUCUCGUAGGUUUCUCAUUGCUGGCCUUGCCAGUCCAGCCCCCCCUCUUCCUGUCUCUUAUUCUAUUCCCUUCUCCAGGGAUUGAAGGUGUCCGAUUUCCGCGGAUGAGGUAGAACAGCCCGGAGGCCUAGCUCAGCCUAACGGAGCUACAGGACGAAAAAGACGCAACGCAACACCGGCACUGUGGCAGUCGGCGAAAAGCUGGUGACGCAAAACUAAAAGAAUACUAGGAAAGAUCGCACGCAGUCAGGAAAGCGACACGGGACAGCUUCGUGCAAAACCCGGCGUAGGAGAGCCGGCUUCUUUAGCAGCCACCGCCACUCGGAUUUUUCUAGGGAUGAGACGCAGCCCCGUUGGUUGCGGCGGCGGCUUGUGCCGCCUGGGAUGAGAAACUCUUCGGCCACACCCGCCGCAGCCUCCUCCUCCCUGCAUCGCCAUCGGCAGCGGCGCCCGGGAGCAGAGCGGGCCUCGGCAUUAGAACCAAGAGUAGCAGCAGGAAAAGGCGACGCUGUGUGGGGGUAAGCAAGUCGGAAAAGAGGCUGGUCCGUCGGGGAAAGGACGGGUCAUUCUGUGGUUGAGACCGGUGGGACUUUGGCUAAUUGAGACGUGGAUCCAAAACACCACUAGCUGAAAAUUAUGCAAUGGUCUCUGCAAGAUGGCUUGUUCUUGAGUUGGAGCUUUUUAAAACAGAUCUACGCCGGUACUUCAACUUUAUUAAGCCGACUAUAAGUUUUUCUCUCUCAACAACUACAUAAGCAGACAAAAUUGCAAAAAUCUGCCCUGUUUCGAGUAUGACAGCCACAACUCGUGGCUCUCCCGUAGGAGGGAAUGAAAGUCAGGGACAGGCUCCUGAUGGACAGUCCCAGCCUCCUAUCCAGCAGAAUCAGACUUCUUCACCUGAUUCUUCAAAUGAGAAUUCCCCAGCUACUCCCCCUGAUGAACAGGGUCAAGGUGAUGCCCCACCACAACUUGAAGAUGAAGAGCCUGCAUUUCCACACACUGAUUUGGCAAAAUUGGAUGACAUGAUCAACAGACCUCGAUGGGUUGUUCCUGUGUUGCCCAAGGGAGAGUUAGAAGUUCUUCUAGAAGCUGCUAUUGAGCUUAGUAAAAAGGGUCUUGAUGUUAAAAGUGAGGCAUGUCAGCGAUUUUUCCGAGAUGGGUUAACAAUUUCUUUCACAAAAAUACUUACAGAUGAGGCAGUGAGUGGCUGGAAAUUUGAAAUUCAUAGAUGUAUCAUUAACAACACCCAUCGCCUUGUUGAACUUUGUGUGGCAAAGCUGGCACAAGAUUGGUUUCCUCUUCUUGAACUUCUUGCAAUGGCCUUAAAUCCUCAUUGCAAAUUCCAUCUUUAUAAUGGUACACGUCCCUCAGAAACUGUUCCUGCUGGAGCUCAGCUAGCUGAAGAUGAACUUUAUGCUCGUCCUCCAGACCCAAGGUCACCAAAGGGUUGGCUAGUAGAUCUCAUCAACAAGUUUGGCACCUUAAAUGGAUUUCAAAUCCUACAUGAUCGUUUUAUGAGUGGAUCAGCACUGAAUGUUCAGAUUAUUGCAGCUCUCAUCAAACCAUUUGGACAAUGCUAUGAGUUUUUAACACUGCAUACAGUGAAGAAAUACUUCCUUCCAAUUAUAGAAAUGGUCCCACAGUUUUUAGAGAACUUAACUGAUGAUGAACUGAAGAAAGAAGCUAAGAAUGAAGCCAAAAAUGAUGCUUUGUCAAUGAUAAUAAAAUCUCUGAAGAACUUAGCCUCAAGAGUUCCAGGACAAGAGGAAACAGUUAAAAACUUAGAAAUAUUUAGAUUAAAAAUGAUACUUAGGUUAUUACAAAUUUCAUCUUUCAAUGGAAAAAUGAAUGCACUAAAUGAAGUUAACAAAGUUAUAUCUAGUGUGUCAUAUUACACCCAUCGACAUGGUAAUCCUGAAGAGGAGGAAUGGCUUACAGCAGAAAGAAUGGCAGAAUGGAUCCAGCAAAACAACAUUUUAUCAAUUGUGUUGAGAGAUAGUCUACAUCAACCUCAGUAUGUAGAAAAGUUAGAGAAAAUUCUUCGUUUUGUCAUCAAAGAAAAAGCCUUAACCUUGCAAGAUCUUGACAACAUUUGGGCUGCCCAGGCAGGAAAACAUGAAGCCAUUGUGAAAAAUGUACAUGAUCUUCUUGCAAAAUUGGCUUGGGAUUUCUCUCCUGAACAGCUUGACCAUUUGUUUGAUUGUUUUAAGGCAAGUUGGACAAAUGCAAGUAAAAAACAACGUGAAAAGCUACUUGAGCUAAUCCGACGUCUUGCAGAAGAUGAUAAAGAUGGUGUGAUGGCACACAAAGUACUAAAUCUUCUAUGGAAUUUAGCACAUAGUGAUGAUGUUCCAGUUGAUAUCAUGGAUCAGGCUCUCAGUGCCCACAUUAAAAUUUUAGAUUACAGUUGUUCACAGGAUAGAGAUACACAAAAAAUACAGUGGAUAGAUCGUUUUAUAGAAGAACUCCGCACAAAUGACAAAUGGGUCAUUCCAGCCUUGAAACAAAUUAGGGAAAUUUGUAGUUUGUUUGGAGAAGCGCCACAAAACUUAAGUCAAACUCAGCGAAGCCCCCAUGUAUUUUAUCGUCAUGACUUAAUCAAUCAACUUCAGCACAAUCAUGCUCUAGUAACUUUAGUUGCAGAAAAUCUUUCAGCAUAUAUGGAAAGCAUGCGACAGUAUGGUAAAGAGCAUGGAGAAUAUGAUCCACAAACUGUAAGACCAGGAAGUAGAUACAGUCAUGUUCAAGAAGUCCAAGAGCGGUUGAACUUUUUACGAUUUUUACUGAAGGAUGGUCAAUUAUGGCUCUGUGCUCCUCAGGCAAAACAAAUAUGGAAAUGUUUAGCUGAAAAUGCAGUCUACCUGUGUGAUCGUGAAGCCUGUUUUAAAUGGUAUUCUAAACUAAUGGGAGAUGAACCGGACUUAGACCCUGACAUUAAUAAAGACUUUUUUGAAAACAAUGUUCUUCAAUUGGACCCUUCACUCUUAACAGAAAAUGGAAUGAAAUGUUUUGAACGUUUUUUCAAAGCUGUGAACUGUCGGGAAGGAAAGUUAGUAGCAAAGAGACGUGCCUAUAUGAUGGAUGACUUGGAGUUAAUAGGACUAGAUUACCUUUGGAGAGUUGUAAUUCAAGGGAAUGAUGAUAUUGCCAGUCGAGCAAUAGAUCUGCUGAAGGAGAUUUAUACCAACCUUGGUCCAAGAUUACAAGUUAAUCAGGUAGUUAUCCAUGAGGACUUCAUUCAGUCCUGUUUUGAUCGUUUGAAGGCAUCCUAUGAUACUUUAUGUGUAUUGGAUGGAGAUAAAGAUAGUAUUAAUUGUGCAAGACAAGAAGCAAUAAGAAUGGUGCGAGUGUUGACUGUUUUAAGAGAGUAUAUAAAUGAAUGUGACAGUGAUUACCAUGAAGAACGAACAAUUCUACCAAUGUCAAGAGCUUUUCGUGGUAAGCACAUCUCUCUAGUAGUUCGUUUUCCAAACCAAGGUCGGCAGGUGGAAGAUUUGGAUGUUUGGUCUCAUACAAAUGAUACUAUUGGUUCAGUCAGACGUUGCAUUCUGAACCGUAUUAAAGCCAACAGUGCACAUACCAAAGUAGAAUUAUUUAUUGGAGGCGAACUAGUAGAUCCCGUAGAUGAUAGGAAAUUAAUUGGACAAUUGAAUCUGAAAGAUAAAACAUUAAUUACAGCAAAGCUUACACAGAUAAGUUCCAAUAUGCCUUCAAGCCCUGAUAGUUCCUCUGAUUCUUCUACGGGUUCUCCUGGUAACCAUGGCAAUCAUUAUAGUGAUGGUCCAAAUCCAGAAGUUGAAAGUUGCUUGCCCGGAGUUAUUAUGUCACUGCAUCCUAGAUACAUCUCAUUUCUUUGGCAAGUUGCAGACCUAGGAAGUAGUCUAAAUAUGCCAUCCCUUAGAGAUGGUGCACGUAUCCUUAUGAAAUUAAUGCCACCAGAUAAUACUACUAUAGAGAAAUUAAGAGCUAUCUGUUUAGACCAUGCAAAACUUGGUGACAGCAGCCUUAGUCCAUCCCUUGAUUCUCUGUUCUUUGGACCUUCUGCUUCUCAAGUGCUAUAUCUUACAGAGGUAGUUUAUGCCUUGUUAAUGCCUGCCAAUUUGCCUCUGGGAGAAGAUGCUACUGACUUUCAGUUCAAUUUCUUAAAAAGUGGUGGCUUACCUCUGGUGUUGAGUAUGCUGACUAGAAAUAAUUUCUUGCCAAAUGCAGAUAUGGAAACAAGAAGGGGGGCCUACCUAAAUGCUUUAAAAAUAGCAAAGCUACUGCUGACUGCAAUCGGUUAUGGCCAUGUGAGAGCUGUGGCAGAAGCUUGUCAACCAGUUGUAGAGGGUACAAGCCCAAUGUCACCGAUCAACCAAGCGACUCAUGACCAGGCAGUGGUGUUGCAAACUGCUCUGCAGAACAUUCCCAAUCCAACUUCAGAGUGCAUGUUAAGAAAUGUAGCAAUACGCCUUGCACAGCAAAUAUCUGACGAGGCUUCAAAGUUUAUUCCUGAUAUUUGUGUUAUUAGAGCAGUGCAAAAAAUAGUAUGGGCUUCUGGAUGUGGAUCAGUACAACUGGUAUUCAGCUCAAAUGAAGAUAUUAGUAAAAUUUAUGAAAAGACAAAUGCAGGCAAUGAACCAGAUUCAGAAGAUGAACAAGUUUGCUGUGAAGCACUUGAAGCAAUGACGCUUUGCUUUGCUUUAAUUCCAACUGCACUGGAUGCAUUAAGUAAAGAAAAAGCAUGGCAAACAUUUAUCAUUGAUUUAUUAUUGCAUUGUCACAGCAAAACUGUUCGGCAAAUGGCACAGGAGCAGUUCUUCUUAAUGGCUACCCGAUGUUGUAUGGGACAACGACCUCUUCUUUUUUUUAUAACUCUGUUAUUUACUGUAUUAGGGAGUACUGCACGAGAACGUGCUAAACAUUCAGGAGAUUACUUUACUCUGUUAAGACAUCUUCUAAAUUAUGCUUACAAUAGUAAUAUUAAUGUGCCCAAUGCUGAAGUUCUGCUUAAUAAUGAAAUUGACUGGCUUAAAAGGAUCAGGGAUGAAGUGAAAAGGACAGGAGAAACAGGUGUAGAGGAAACUAUUCUAGAAGGUCAUCUUGGAGUUACCAAAGAAUUGUUGGCAUUCCAAGCUCCUGAAAAAAAAUACCACAUUGGUUGUGAAAAAGGUGGCGCUAAUCUUAUCAAAGAAUUAAUAGACGAUUUCAUCUUUCCCGCAUCAAAUGUUUACUUGCAAUACAUGAGAAAUGGAGAAUUACCCGCUGAGCAGGCAAUACCUGUUUGUAGUUCCCCAGCUACCAUUAAUGCUGGAUUUGAGCUGUUAGUAGCUUUAGCAGUGGGCUGUGUCCGUAACCUCAAACAAAUAGUAGAUACUUUGACUGAAAUGUACUAUAUAGGCACUGCAAUAACUACGUGUGAAGCACUAACAGAAUGGGAAUAUCUGCCACCUGUUGGACCACGACCACCAAAGGGAUUUGUAGGGCUUAAAAAUGCUGGAGCCACUUGUUACAUGAAUUCUGUCAUUCAGCAACUAUAUAUGAUUCCUGCCAUCAGGAAUGGAAUUCUUGCAAUUGAUGGAACAGGCAGUGAUGUAGAUGAUGACAUGUCUGGAGAUGAGAAGCAAGAUGAGAGCAAUGUUGACCCACGAGAUGAAGUAUUUGGCUAUCCCCAUCCAUAUGAAGAUAAACCAACUUUAAGUAAAACAGAAGACAGAAAAGAGUACAACAUAGGUGUAUUAAGACAUCUCCAGGUCAUAUUUGGCCACUUAGCAGCUUCUAGAUUACAGUACUAUGUGCCGAGAGGAUUUUGGAAACAAUUCAGACUCUGGGGUGAACCUGUAAAUCUGCGAGAACAACAUGAUGCUUUAGAAUUUUUUAAUUCUUUGGUGGAUAGUCUAGAUGAAGCUUUAAAAGCCUUAGGUCAUCCAGCAAUGUUAAGUAAAGUUUUGGGAGGAUCCUUUGCUGAUCAGAAAAUCUGUCAAGGUUGCCCUCAUAGAUAUGAAUGUGAAGAAUCUUUUACAACACUGAAUGUAGAUAUAAGAAAUCACCAAAAUCUACUUGAUUCCUUGGAACAAUAUGUCAAAGGAGACUUACUGGAAGGUGCAAAUGCAUAUCACUGUGAAAAAUGCAACAAGAAGGUUGAUACAGUGAAACGCUUGCUGAUUAAAAAACUGCCUCCAGUUCUUGCCAUCCAGCUAAAACGAUUUGACUAUGACUGGGAAAGGGAAUGUGCAAUCAAGUUCAAUGAUUAUUUUGAGUUUCCACGUGAGUUGGAUAUGGAACCUUAUACUGUGGCAGGAGUAGCUAAGUUAGAAGGGGAUGAUGUAAAUCCUGAAAACCAACUAAUACAGAAUGAACAAUCAGAAAAUGAACAUUCUGGAAGUACAAAAUACAGACUAGUGGGUGUAUUGGUGCACAGUGGUCAAGCCAGUGGUGGACAUUAUUACUCUUACAUUAUUCAAAGAAAUGGAGGAGAUGGUGAGAAAAACAGAUGGUAUAAAUUUGAUGAUGGUGAUGUAACUGAAUGCAAAAUGGAUGAUGAUGAAGAAAUGAAAAAUCAGUGUUUUGGUGGAGAAUACAUGGGAGAAGUAUUUGAUCAUAUGAUGAAACGGAUGUCCUACAGACGUCAGAAAAGGUGGUGGAAUGCUUACAUUCUUUUUUAUGAACGCAUGGACACAGUAGAGAAAGACAAUGAGCUUAUAAAAUAUAUUUCGGAACUUGCAAUGACCACUAAACCCCAUCAAAUUAAAAUGCCAUCUGCAAUUGAACGGAGUGUACGAAAACAAAAUGUACAAUUCAUGCAUAACCGAAUGCAGUACAGCCUGGAAUAUUUUCAGUUUGUAAAAAAAUUGCUGACAUGUAACAGUGUCUACCUAAAUCCCCCUCCGGGACAAGAUCAUUUACUGCCUGAAGCAGAAGAAAUUACAAUGAUAAGUGUUCAACUUGCUGCUAGAUUUCUGUUUACUACAGGAUUUCACACAAAGAAAAUAGUUCGUGGUCCUGCCAGUGAUUGGUAUGAUGCUUUAUGCAUUCUCCUUCGUCAUAGCAAGAACGUUCGUUUUUGGUUUGCACACAAUGUACUUUUCAAUGUUUCAAAUCGCUUCUCUGAAUAUCUUUUGGAAUGCCCUAGUGCUGAAGUAAGAGGAGCAUUUGCAAAAUUGAUAGUAUUUAUUGCACACUUUUCAUUACAAGAUGGACCAUGUCCUUCUCCUUUUGCUUCACCUGGACCUUCUAGUCAGGCAUAUGACAAUUUAAGUUUGAGUGACCAUUUGUUAAGAGCUGUGCUGAAUCUUCUUAGAAGGGAAGUGUCUGAGCAUGGACGUCAUUUGCAACAAUAUUUCAAUUUGUUCGUGAUGUAUGCCAACUUAGGUGUAGCAGAAAAAACACAACUUUUAAAAUUAAAUGUCCCUGCAACAUUUAUGCUUGUGGCACUGGAUGAAGGCCCAGGUCCUCCAAUCAAAUACCAGUAUGCUGAAUUGGGCAAACUAUAUACUGUGGUGUCCCAACUAAUCCGCUGUUGCAAUGUGGCAUCACGAAUGCAGUCUUCUAUUAAUGGUAAUCCUCCACUUAGCAAUCCAUAUGGUGAUCCUAAUUUAUCACAACCAAUAAUGGCACUGCAGCAAAAUGUGGCGGACAUUUUGUUUGUGCGGACCAGUUAUGUGAAAAAAAUUAUAGAAGAUUGUAGUAAUUCAGAAGAGACUAUCAAACUACUUCGUUUCUGCUGUUGGGAAAAUCCUCAGUUUUCAUCUACAGUUCUCAGUGAAUUACUUUGGCAGGUUGCUUAUUCUUACACAUAUGAACUUCGACCUUAUUUGGAUCUGCUUCUCCAAAUCUUACUAAUUGAGGAUUCUUGGCAGACUCACAGGAUUCACAAUGCACUUAAAGGAAUUCCAGAUGAUCGUGAUGGGUUGUUUGAUACCAUUCAACGAUCCAAGAACCAUUAUCAAAAAAGGGCUUACCAGUGUAUAAAAUGUAUGGUGGCUCUCUUCAGCAACUGUCCUGUGGCGUAUCAAAUUUUACAGAGUAAUGGAGAUUUGAAGAGAAAAUGGACCUGGGCAGUAGAGUGGCUUGGAGAUGAGCUAGAACGUAGGCCUUACACUGGCAACCCACAGUAUACAUACAAUAACUGGUCUCCACCAGUACAGAGUAAUGAAACAUCAAAUGGUUAUUUUCUGGAGAGAUCUCACAGUGCAAGAAUGACUCUUGCAAAGGCUUGUGAACUGUGCCCUGAAGAGGAACCAGAUGAUCCAGAUGCUCCUGAUGAGCAUGAAUCUUCUCCACCAGAAGAUGCUCCAUUGUAUCCCCAUUCACCUGGCACCCAAUAUCAACAGAAUAACCAUGUGCAUGGUCAACCAUAUACAGGCCCUGCAGCACACCAUAUGAACAAUCCUCAGCGAACUGGCCAACGAGCACAAGAAAAUUAUGAAGGCAGUGAAGAAGUUUCACCACCUCAGACAAAAGAAUAGUGAAAAUGCACAUAAUUAACUUGCUCCAUCAAGACUGUGCACCCAGGCCUUACAAUCCAACUUUUCUCUGUGUCUGGCUGAUAUUUAGAAAAACUAUUCCUAAUCAACAUGGAGUGAAGAGUCUAUUCACUGUCUUAUCUGCAGAAAAUUGCUGUCAAUAUAUAACCUGCCUGCAGUGGAAAGUGUAUAGUGUUUUGUAAUAAAUGGCCUGAUGCUAAUGUGUAAAUGGCAAAGGUGUAUAUAGUAUAUUAAUGUUUGACUGUUAAUUCUUAAACAAGAAACUUUUUUUGUCUUGAAUGAGACUCACAGAUCUACAACAAUUAAUUUCUUGAUAUAUCUGCUGCGCUCUACAACCAGUGUUGCCUGCCUAAUGGCAGUUAGAUCAAUUCAACUCCUUACCCUUGCCCCACCCAAAAAGUAAGCGUCUUCAUGUCAACCAGAAAAAAUACUUUCAUAUAAUUCUUUGCCACUGGAGUCCAUUUUACUAUGAGCAUCAUAACAACUGGUAACCUUUUAAUUCUUGGUUGAUGUGGAAAAUUGGUGAUAUACCUUGUUUCUAGGUCUUUUUCCAUUGCCUUUUCCAUUCUGGUAUUAAGUUAAUCACUUGAAGCUAUAGUUAAGCUGUAACAUUUAGCAUGGCUUCACACCAAGUUAGAGUAGCCAGUGAGGAAAGAAAAUUUCAAUUGUCCAAAAUGGCAACUGCUGUUUAAACCCUUUUCUUCAGACACCUGGGUUAUAAAACAGGAAGGGAGGGCUGGGCAAAGUGGCCGAUGGUUUUCAGUUGCACAUAUGUUCCUCACAUCUGAUGUUUGACAGUUCUGUCUCUGGAUGGGGUAAAAAAAACACUUAGUUUUCAGUAAUAGGAAAUUAAAAAAUUUAAAACAAAUAUGCAAAUUUUGCUAUGCCAGGAUGCCUGGAGCAUAACAGACUGUAUUUGGUGUGCUUGUUUUGUUUCUUCAAUAGAGCUUAUUUGAUAAAACUUCUAAUACUUUCCUUUAUACUGCACUGCAGUGAAGUGGAAGUCAACAAAAUCACACAAUACUUGUGAGUGCCACUGCACCAAGUUAACUUGCUGAUUUUCUGCUCAUGCACAAUUCUACUUGAAAGCAAGAAUUGUCUUAGCUCUAUAUCCAUUAUAAGAGAAAUCUUAACCUUAGGAGCAGGGUUUGAUUAAAGUAAAUAAACUACUGGUUAGUCAAAUAUAAACCCGAGGUAUCUCUGUUCCAGAGUAAACAUUUGUUUAAAGACUUCAAGGAACUCAUCAGUAAAUACUGUAUUUAAAUUAAAAAUUGGUAACUUGAAUGUGUGUAAUUAUUUUGGAACCUGUCAAAAAACCAAAUACCCCUGCAAACAGAUACAGCCCACCCUAUACUAUUUAAAUAUUUGCUGUUUUAUUUUAUAGAAAUUAUUUUGCUGAAUUCACAAAUAGAAUUUGAUUUAAGAAGA